UGUCAGUUGUCAGUUAAUUCCGAUUUCCAAAUUCCGACUUAGUUUCAGUUUCAGAUUAAUAAUAAUAGUUGUGGCUGUGGCCUGUGGAUAGUAUUGUAAAUAUAAUAAAUUGAGUUUUUGAAAUUAUCGUGAUAACAUUUUAUUGACAAGUUAAUUGAUCGAUUUGUGACAAAGAUUAUAAACUAAUAGGUAAACUACUAGUUUUUGCGAUUAGCAGCUGAUUGUGUUUUUUAUAGUGCACAGGCACAGCCAUGAGUGAACGGCCACUGCCCCUGAAGGCUAUAAACAGGUUCUUCGAAGGAAAAGAGCCAUGGCAGAUUGUUACUAUAACUGCCUCAUCAGUUCUCGCUAUAGUUUGGACUCACAGCCUCUAUAAUGCAAAAGAAAGUGUCCCAGCAAGGUUACGGAAGGAGUUCUUCAGAUGGCUCCGACAAGUCCCCUUCGUGCGUAGAAAGAUAGAGGAAAAAAUGGCGGAAAUAAAGAAGGACUUCAAGAAAGAUGUUGCAAAGCGUUUAUCAGGAAUGACUGUAUAUAGGCACCUACCUAAAGACGGGUUCACGGCUGAACAAGUUGCGGAAGAGAUCAGAAAACACCUUGUUUUGGGUUCAUACGACUGGAAAGGUGGCAAUGUCUCCGGCGCGGUGUACCACGUGAAUGAAGACAUAAGCCGAGUGGCUUGCGAAGCGUACGCAUUAACUGCAUACACGAACCCUCUACACGCGGACGUUUUCCCCGGCAUCAACAAAAUGGAGGCAGAAAUUGUUCGGAUGUCCGUCAAUCUUUUCAAUGGGGACGAAGAAUGUUGUGGAACUGUGACAACAGGGGGUACGGAAUCUAUAAUGAUGGCGUGCAAAGCAUUCCGAGACCUGGCCUACAGUAGAGGCAUAACCAAUCCUCAGAUGAUCUUACCAGCGACUGCCCAUACAGCUUUCGACAAAGCCGCUCAGUAUUUAGGCAUCGGCAUUGUAACCGUGCCAGUGUCAACUGAGACUUAUACCGUUGAUUUGAAUGCCGUUAAAAGGGCUAUUGGAAGACGGACAUGUAUGAUAGUCGGCUCAGCACCAAAUUUCCCGUACGGCACGAUGGACGACAUAGAAGCGCUGUCAGACAUAGCGGUGGAGUACGACGUGCCUUUGCACGUGGACGCGUGCCUGGGCGGUUUCAUAGCGGCGUUCAUGACAGCCGCGGGUCACGACAUGCCUUUAUUCGACUUCAGGCUGCCCGGUGUCAGUAGUAUAUCUGCUGAUACACAUAAGUACGGAUAUGCUCCAAAAGGCACAUCGGUGAUAGUCUACCGCAAGCACCAAUACCGGCAUCACCAGUACACCGUCAGCACGGAGUGGCCGGGCGGUGUGUACGGAUCCCCCACUGUUAAUGGUAGUCGAGCGGGAGGUCUGAUAGCGGCGUGCUGGGCUACCAUGAUGUUCGUGGGGAGGGCUCGCUACGUGCAGAUGACCGAUGAGAUCAUCACCACGGCCAGAUACAUAGAGGCUGAGGUGCGCAAAAUCGAAGGGUUGUUCAUAUUCGGCAAGCCUGCGACUACGGUGGUGGCGUUCGGCUCACAGCGCUUCGACAUCUUCAAACUGGCCGAUGAGUUGCACAAGAAGGGCUGGAGCUUGAAUACGUUGCAGUUCCCUUCGGGGAUUCACAUUGCCGUAACUCACGCUCAUACGCAAUCUGGCGUCGCGGACCGGUUUAUAGCGGACUUGCAAAGUGCGGCGAAGAUAUGCCUCAAAGAGGGCUCCGAGCCCGUACAGGGGAAGAUGGCGAUCUAUGGCGUCGCACAGAGCAUACCCGACAGAAGCCUGGUGUCCGACAUCACGAAGCACUUCAUAGACUCAAUGUACUACUUACCGAAGCCUGAAGACAGCGACGAAUAAACAUAUAUAUAUACCUAUGUAAAUAUACAAAUCGUUUAUGUAUAUACAAUUUAUGGGGUUAGUUGGAAAAGGGUUUGCAGUAAACAUAAUAGUAAAAAAAAAUUGUGUCACAACUUAAAGCUUUGACCGAUAAAAGCCCAUAAAUAAUUAUUAAUUAUAUAAAUAAAUAAAU